AAUAUGACAGCCUUCUUAUAAGACUUCGUUUGGAUUGUUCUUACCGCUGUUAAGAUUGCCAACAAUUCAGCGUUUGUGAUGGAGUAAUUCGGGUUGAUUUUCUCGGAGAUUGUUUGGUUUUCUGAGGCAUCAUAAACUGCCAGUGCUGUUCCUGACGACGUUUUGGAGGCAUCUGUGUAAAGAAUUCUUUGCUGUGUUUAUCCUUUUUCUCGUUCUCCUCGUUGAGGUUCAGCACGAUGUAUCUGGAUAGAUGUCGGUCGGAGUAUUGGAGUCUGCCGUGCUGUUUCUGUUAGGAAAGUGCCGUUUACAGAGUCUCCUAGGACGGCUCGUUCGAUGAAUUCUUGGAGUUGACUACUGUGAAAAGAGCUUUUCAGGACUUCUUUCAGAGUUAGCAGCUCUCGUCGAGUAUCCAAGGGAAUCUGUCCAGUUUCGGCGAGUAUGACGUGAAUCGGAGUUGUCUUCAUGAAGCGCAUAGCAUAUCGGAGAUUCGGCAUUCACGAUUGUAUUGAAGACAUUCAGAAAUGAAAGUCCCUAGUUUUCAACGCAGUGAAUAAGGGCUUUAUGCAAACAUGCUACAGAAUUAAAAUUGUUCAUUUCCGAUGCUAGAGAAAACGAUUUGUCCUGAUUAUAUUUGUCUAACACAAAUCACUGCCUGGUGGACAGCGGCAUCCAAUGGGUAUAAAAAACCUGGCCACUAACUUUACAACAGCAAAGAGAAAAUGAAAGCUGAAGUAACAGUCCUGUUGGUAAUGUGCUUUUGCACAAUUACCACCGCAUUUGAUCCAACCGUACCGGAAGUUCUGCGAGGUCUUCUGAAGACUAUUCGGCAUCCUUUGCAGCUAUCCAUUGUAGGUUGCUGGGAGGAAUCAACUCGGAAGCAGUUUUUCGGUGUGUUCAAGGAAUCGUAUCUCACUUUGUAUACUGAUGAUCACAUCAGUCAACUUCCAGAGGACAUCAACCGGCAUCAGAUUUUUAUGGUAGUUGAUUUGAGUUGUCCCAAUUCUAUAGAACUUCUGGAAUCAGUAGGUAAAUGGCUUUACAUCAAGUAUCGGUGGCUGAUUCUGUGGUCAGCUUUUCUGAACGAUGAUCCACCUGACGAGGACACUCAAAUGCAGUUCUAUGUGCAAAGUUUGGCCGACCUUCCCGUCUUGGUUAGCAGUGAAGUUUUUCUAUUUAUUAAACGAGGGACAGAUCAUUUUUUGAUCAACCAAAUCUACAAAACUGGAGUCUCCAGCUCAUUGGUGGUGGAAUUGUUCGGCACUUGGAUCAAUGGAAGUUUGAUCGAUGAGCGAAAUUUAGCCGUGACUUCAACCCGUAGAUUGAACCUACGUGGACAUACGCUGCGUGCUUCGAUGGUCGUUACUAAUCCCGAAACGUUACAUCAUCUCACUGACUACAAAGAUAAACACAUUGAUACGAUCACUAAAGUUAACCAUGUCCUAACAAACCACUUGAUCGAGUACUUGGGCGCACAUGUAAAUUACUCCGUAGUGUCCAGUUGGGGUUACUACAAUACUUCUACGAAACGAUGGGAUGGCAUGAUCGGAGAAUUGUCACAUCGAACAGCGGACCUGGGAGCUUCUCCGUUGUUCUUCACCGUCGAUCGGAUCGCUGUGAUCGAGUACAUUGCCAUGACAUCCGCUACUCGUUCCAAGUUCAUCUUUCGAUCACCGAAGCUGUCCUACACGGAAAAUGUGUUCCUCUUACCGUUUGAUGACAUCGUUUGGCUCUGUAUCGGAGCAGUAGUUCUUCUGGCAUCGGGCUUACUACUGAUCACUGCCAUGGCAGAAACUCAUCUUUCGUCGGUUAGGAAACACUCCCGGGAUCCCUCGAUUCUGCAGCCGACUUUCAGGGACACGCUACUGAUGAUCUACGGUGCAACCUGUCAGCAGGGUUCGUCAAGUCUACCACGAAGUUUCUCGGCACGUACCAUUACGUUGAUAGCAUUUACCGUUCUGAUGUUCCUGUAUGGGUGCUACUCGGCCAACAUCGUCGCCCUACUGCAGAGCCCAUCGACGAAGAUUCGUACACUGGAAGAUCUGCUGGCGUCUCGGUUGAAGUUCGGUGUUCACGAUACGGUAUUCAAUCGGCACUAUUUCUCGCACGCAACGGAAUCGACACGGCAAGCGAUUUACGAGCGGAAGAUUCGUCAACCGUCCGGAUCGGAAAACUUCGUAACGCUUGAGCAAGGGAUCGAUCAGAUUCGACGGGGUCUGUAUGCGUUCCAUGUGGAGCAGGGAGUCGGAUACAAGGUCAUCAGCGAAACCUACCAGGAGGAUGAGAAAUGUGGUCUGCAGGAGAUUCAAUACCUGCAGGUAAUCGAUCCGUACUAUGCGAUCCAGAAGGAUUCGGCUUACAAGGAACAUGUCAAAAUUGGGUUGUUUCGACUGAACGAGCACGGAAUCCAAUAUAGGGAGAACUCCAACCUGUACACUAAAAAACCAAAGUGUACCGGAGGUGGAGGUAGAUUUGUACCAGUCAGUUUAGUUGAUACGGAACCCGCUAUCCUGGUGAUCGUGUGGGGUGCUGGUCUAUCUGCGGUAAUUUUUGUGGCCGAAAUGAUUUUCGUUAAAAUCAUGAAUCGAUACCACGAUUGGAGACCCUUUCGACCAGUGUCUCAAUUAGCUUACGUGAAUUGAUUAGUUUUAUUUAAAAUGCAAAGUAACACUCUAAACGAGAUAACAUACCCCGGUUGAACAAAUUGACUGGGGAAUAUGUCACUUUCAUUUAAUCGAAAUCAAAGGCCUACUACGUGAGAAGUUCUGAACGAUUCCCCAUUCGACAGUAGUAACGGUUAUGUUUUGCACGCAACAGGUCGCCAUCAAGCAAUGUUUGUAAUUUAAUAAACGCUGUAAAUGCAUUUGCUCCAUUGCCCGGAGCACCGAAGAGAUAGUUUGUUCAUAUAUUACGUAGACUGGCAGAUAUUGCCCCUUCGGUUGCUGCACGGAGAGAUAAGUUAGAAGAAAGUUUGAAACAUGUUUACGGUAAAUGUCUGCCGAGACUGUUAUUUUUCAACUAUGUUAUCAUCAUGUAAAGAAGAACAUAAUAAAUUCAUUUGCUUCAAUA